UGUUGGGCAGAGAGGAGCUCCGCACUCUCCGCACGCUGUUGCCGCAUCCCGCCGCCGCGUCCGCCUCCGGACUCCUCACGCUGUUCGCCAUUCGUCAAUCGUACUCAGCCGCUCGCAGUCUGCACUCGCAGUCUUGCACUGCAGCGGCAUUCGCGACUCACCUUAUCACCAUAGUUCAUUCAAACCCCUAAUAUACAUACAUUAUCCCAAUCCAAAUGCAAUGGGUUCAAUACGACUCUUUAAGUAUUUGAUCCUUUUUAACUUGUUCGUUUUUGUUUUAUCCGACCACGUUUGUCCAUCGAAAUGUCAGUGCAUCCGAAAUGCAGUCCGAUGCUUGCAGCAAGACUUGGUGGCGAUACCGACAGUUCCAGUCGAAACACAUACGCUGGACGUCCGUUUCAAUAAAAUUACUGACAUAACGCCAGGUAUUUUGGGUCAUCUGCAUCGUCUGCGUUCACUGCUCCUCAACGAUAACCAGCUGCGUCAACUACGAUCGGGCGUUUUCCGUGGCCUCCGACGCAUCAAGUAUUUGUACCUCUAUCGAAACAGGAUACAACACAUCGAUCCCGAUGUUUUUUAUGGACUUCUUCAUUUGGAACAGCUAUACUUGCAUGUUAACGAGAUUCAUCAUAUCGAACCCGACAUGUUUUAUAACUUGCCACGACUGGAAAGACUGUAUCUUCACAACAAUUUGCUGAAAGGGAUUCCUUCAGGUUCAUUUCGAAAUUUGCCUAAAUUGCGUAAACUCCGUUUGGACAGCAACGCACUGAUCUGCGAUUGUUCUAUGUUGUGGUUUGUUGAAAUGUUAUCUCAGCACAGGCAUAUGGAAAUCGCAGCAACCUGUUACGGACCAGACGAUGCUACUGGAAUUCCUUUAGCUGUUAUGACCGAAAAGGAUUUUAACUGCCGACAGCCUGAGAUAGAAUCAGGUCCCGAAGAUGUGACCGUUAAUUUUGGAGAGGACGCUGUGUUCAGUUGUGUUGCGAAAGGAGAACCCACUCCUGAAAUUAUUUGGUAUCGCGAUUCCUCAACGUUGCCAAUCAGUGCAAAUCGAUACGAAGUAAUGCAUAACGGUACUCUCAUGGUUCAUGACGCUGAAGAAUCCGAUCUUGGAUAUUUUGAAUGCUUAGCUAAAAAUCCCGCUGGUGAAGCGCGCUCGAGGCCUGCGAGAAUGAUUCUCCAAUCUAUGCCGGACAACAAAGGUAUACCGGUUUUUACAGUAGCACCUCGAAAACAAACUGUUAAAAUUAACCAAACGUUGGUAAUCUUUGACUGUGUUGCUAAAGGCAAUCCUAAACCACAUCUAUCGUGGUAUUUCAAUGAUGAAAGAAUACUGUUAAGUGAACGUUAUUCGAUUCAACACAAUGGUUCAAUUAUUAUACAAAAUGUUCAAGAUACAGACGCCGGCUCUUAUAGCUGCCAAGCUGAAAACAUAAACGGAAAGAUUACAGCAUCUGCUGACCUAGAAGUGAUGGUGCCACCAUCGUUUGUAACCAUACCAACAGAUAUAAACGUAGCACCAGGAGAAAAAAAUAUUUUUAAAUGUACAGCUAGAGGAUUUCCAAAGCCGCUGAUUACGUGGUUUAGAAACACAAUAGCUUUACCAGAAAACGAUAACUACGUUUUGAGUUAUAAUAACCAGAUACUUACGAUAUUAGAGGUUACAACUGAUGAUGAGGGUCUGUAUCAUUGUAGGGCACAAAAUACAGAAGGGCUUAUUGAAACAUCUGCAGAACUUAAAGUAGAGGAGAUACAGUCAUUGCCAGCACAUAUUGUAGUGAGACCUGAAGACACUGACGCUUUUAAAGGAACUUCCAUACAAAUGCCUUGUGAAGUAGAAGGUGAACCGCCUGCUACAGUAGAAUGGAGAAAGGAUGGUUCGCGAGUGAGGCCUGAUGGUAGAAUUUCAAUUACUUUACUUGGAAGCUUAAUUAUUAAUAAUGUUACUGUGGCAGAUACAGGUAUUUACGAAUGUUCUGCUUUUAAUACACGUGGUCGAGAUACUGCUUCUGCUUCAUUGGUAAUAAAAGAUCACAUUCUACCUGGGGAUCAAUAUGUUAACAUAGCUCUGACACAAGCAAUGAGAGAUGUUGAUCAGGCCAUUUCAAGGACAGUAGAUCAACUAUUUAAUAAUAAAAGUACUAAUGUAGAUAUACGCAACCUUUAUGUGAUUAGUAGAUUCCCAAAAGCACCAGCCAGAGAAAUCGCUAAAGCUGCUGAAAUUUAUGAAAGAACUUUAGACAAAGUAAAAGGAUUUGUGAAUUCGGGACUUAAGGUUACCUCAGCAGAACCAUUUAACUAUCAAGCAAUAUUAUCUAAUGAACAUCUGGAAGUAAUUGCACGGUUGUCAGGUUGUGUUGCCCAUAGAGAUACGAACAAUUGUUCUGACAUGUGUUAUCACGGAAAAUAUCGCACUUUUGAUGGUAGUUGCAAUAACUUUGCUCACCCUAUGUGGGGCGCAUCACUAACUGGUUUUAGACGAAUCCUUUAUCCUAUAUAUGAAAACGGCUUCAGUCAACCUGUUGGUUGGAAUAAAGAUUUCAAGUAUAAUGGUUUUGUUUUACCUGGUGCUCGAUUAGUCUCAACAACCAUAAUAACUACUGAAGAAAUAUCAGAAGAUAUUGAAAUAACUCAUAUGACUAUGCAAUGGGGUCAAUGGCUAGAUCACGACUUGGAUCAUGCUUUGCCGUCUGUUAGUUCAGAGACAUGGGAUGGUGUCGAUUGUAAAAAAACGUGUGAUUACUCACCGCCAUGUUUUCCUAUUGAUGUACCACCUAAUGACCCGCGCAUUACCAACCGUCGUUGUAUAGAUUUUUUCAGAACAAGCUCCGUAUGCGGCUCAGGAAUGACCUCUCCCUUGUUUGGAAAAUUACAACCUAGGGAACAAAUUAAUCAGUUGACAUCAUUCAUUGAUGCCUCUCAAGUAUAUGGCUUUGAAAAAGAUGUUGCUGAAGAUUUACGUGAUUUGACUAAUGAUGAUGGAAAAUUGCGAGUUGGAUUUGCAUUUUCAGGAAAAAAACCAUUUUUGCCUACUACUGGCUUAAAUGCUAUGGAUUGUAGGCGUAAUCUAGAAGAAAGCAAUAGAAAUUGUUUUGUUGCAGGCGAUAUAAGGGCAAAUGAACAAAUAGGUUUAGCUGCUAUGCAUACUAUUUGGAUGCGAGAACAUAACCGCCUAGCGAGUCAAUUAAAAGCUAUAAAUCCAUUUUGGGAUGGCGAUAAAGUUUAUCACGAAGCAAGAAAAAUUGUAGGAGCCGAGAUGCAAUUAAUAACCUACGAGGAUUGGUUACCGAUUGUUAUUGGUCCUGAAGGCUACAAACAAUUAGGUGAAUACAAAGGAUACAAUUCAACUUUGAAUCCAUCUAUAUCUAACGUUUUUGCCACAGCCGCUUUACGAUUUGGUCAUUCAAUGAUUAACCCUGUGCUUCAUCGUUAUGACGAAAAUUUUGAAACAAUCCCACAAGGACACUUACAGUUGCGCCAUGCAUUUUUCUCUCCUUGGAGAUUGGUUGAUGAAGGAGGAGUAGAUCCAUUAUUAAGAGGUAUGUUUACUACACCAGCCAAAUUAAAGACUCCUACACAAAAUCUGAAUUCUGAACUUACCGAGAAACUUUUUUAUAGUGCUCAUGCUGUUGCCCUUGAUUUGGCUGCGAUUAACAUUCAACGAGGUCGUGAUCACGCUAUACCUCCAUACACGAAAUGGAGACAAGUUUGCAACAUGUCUGAAGUAAAUAGUUUCGAUGAUUUGGCUAGAGAAAUAACAGAUAAAACAGUUAGAGACAAACUUGAAAAGUUAUAUGGUUCUGUGCAUAAUAUUGACGUUUGGGUUGGAGGAAUAUUAGAAGAUCAGGUUGAAGGUGGCAAAGUUGGCCCACUAUUCCGAUGUUUAUUAGUAGAGCAAUUCCGUAGACUGAGAGAUGGCGAUAGGUUUUGGUACGAAAAUCCAACGAUGUUUAAACCAAUACAACUAGAACAGAUUAAACAAACUAGUCUAGCUAGAAUAUUAUGUGAUAACGGGGACAACAUCGAUACAAUUACCGAAAAUGUAUUUUUACUGCCUGACGUACAGGACGGUCUUGUGUCAUGUGACGAUUUACAAUCAAUUGAUCUUCGAUUCUGGGCAGAUUGUGAAAGUUGUAACGAUAUCGAUAGUUCUGAGCGAUUCAUUCGGCGUGCCCGUAGAGAUACAACGCGCGAAGUAAAUAUUGAGUCGGACAUUUUGCAAAAUAAUGAGCGUCUGAAUCGUCUUGAGUAUACACAAUUUGACAUAGAAAAGACCAUGACACUACUCAAGGAACGGAUCGAGUUAUUAGAAAAACAAUGUGAUCAUAAUUAAUCAAAAUGCUUUAGUUUCUAAGUAUCUUCUCAAAUUGAAAUUAAUGUUGAUGUGACAAUGAUAUAUAUCUCUUUACAUACAUAUAUAAUAACAAGCUCACAACGUGUUGUAAUAUUACGAUAUACAAUAUACAUAUGUGUAUAAUUAUUUUGUAUUUACAUUAUGACUUUUGCAAGUUGAAGUUUAAAUGUUAUAAGAAUUAAGAUAAAAUUGCAUUCUCGAUAAA